AUGAAGCUCCUGCUGUUGACAGCGGCGGUGCUGCUCCUGGUGGUGGGAGAGGGCGCAGCAGAGAGAAUCCUGUCUAGAAGGACCAAGAGGGAGCUUGCCAGCCCGCUCCACGUCGGCGGCAUCAGGGAUCCGUACGGCUCCUACUGCCAGAGGAGAGGAGGCUGCUGCCCAGGCAGAGACGACCUGUGCACGGUUCCCUACCUGGACACCAUCUGCUACUGCGACCUGUUCUGCAACCGCACUGUCUCCGACUGCUGCCCCGACUUCUGGGGUCACUGUCUAGGCGUGCAGCCACCUUUUAUUGGCACCUGUGAACGAAAUGGAAACAAGUUCUUUACAGGGCAAACGUACAAAGAGAACUGCAAUUUAUGCACAUGUGGGACCACUGGGCGAUGGGAGUGCGAGCAGAACACCUGCCUGAUGGAGCCUGACAUCAUCCAGGCCGUCAACAGAGGGAACUAUGGCUGGAGGGCAGCGAACUACAGUCAGUUCUACGGCAUGACUCUUGACGAGGGGAUUCGGUACCGCCUCGGCACGCAGAGACCCUCCAGGACGAUUAUGAACAUGAAUGAGAUCCAGAUGAACAUGGAUCCUCAGAGUGAUCGCCUGCCUCUCUACUUCAACUCAGCAGAGAAGUGGCCCGGAAAGAUUCACGAGCCACUGGACCAGGGCAACUGCGCCGCAUCCUGGGCGUUCUCCACUGCAGCUGUGGCAUCAGACAGAAUCUCCAUCCAGUCAAUGGGUCACAUGACUCCUCAGCUGUCCCCCCAAAAUCUCAUUUCCUGUGACACGCGCAACCAGGGAGGCUGCGCCGGGGGCCGCAUCGACGGAGCCUGGUGGUACCUCCGCCGCAGAGGAGUGGUCACGGAGGAUUGCUAUCCGUACCGACCCCCGCAGCAAACACCGGCCGAGGUGGGCCGCUGUAUGAUGCAGAGCCGCUCGAUUGGCCGGGGGAAGAGGCAGGCCACGCAGCGCUGCCCCAACACGCACAACUACCAGAACGACAUCUACCAGUCCACGCCGCCCUACAGGCUCUCAUCCAAUGACAAGGAGAUCAUGAAGGAGAUUAUGGAUAACGGCCCUGUGCAAGCUAUUAUGGAAGUCCACGAGGACUUCUUUGUCUACAAGAAUGGGAUCUACAAACACACUGACGCCAGCUUCACCAAGCCUCCACAGUACCGCAAACAUGGCACACACUCCGUCAGGAUCACCGGGUGGGGAGAGGAGAGAAACUUUGAUGGGACAUCAAAAAAAUAUUGGAUCGCUGCCAACUCCUGGGGAAAGAACUGGGGAGAGAACGGCUACUUCCGCAUCGCCCGCGGGGAAAACGAGUGUGAGAUUGAAACAUUUGUGAUCGGCGCUUGGGGCAGGAUCACGAUGGAGGACAUGCACAACCAUCACCACCACCAUCGUCGCCGGCACAUUUAGAGACAGAUAUUGAAAAGCCACUUGAGACAUUUGUUUUGAAUCCCACCUGUAGCUGAGGCGAAACACACCAAGAGUCUCAGAACUCACCCAUCGAGCUGGCUUGGACAGCCACAAAAUCAACCCCAGAGCCCCUGAACCCUCUCUUUUAUAUACCUUACUUUACUCUGAGGAUCAAUACAACCCCUCUUCUCCUCCAUCUUCCCCCCUUUAGCCCUGUAACUCAAGGUUUGUGGCACCAAAAAAAAAACAAAGAAAAACUCAUCUAAGCUAAAGCUCUUCUACAUUGCACCUCAGGUACCUACUGAUCCAAAGACCACACUUCCCAAACUCCUCAGUUUGAUCUCUGGUGAAACAUGUUCAUGUCAAAGUUGGGUGAUGACAGAAGGAAGAAGCUCAAUCUGACCUUUUUUUUUUUUUUUUUUUUUUUUUAAUCUUUUCUGUGCUUCUUUGUCAACAUGAACCUUUAGUCUUCUCUAGCUCUAAUACUUUCAGUCCAGACAGACUCGAUUUCCAAGGGACAGCUCGCAAAAGCGGAAAUCUGAGAGCCAGAUUAUCAGACAUCAGACCCUGUCAGAGAGACACACCCAGACUAACCAUGUAACAUGAUAAUAGAUCACAGAUGACCUUAGCGACAUUAACCUGUCAGCCAUAACUACAGACUCACGGUUUGGCUCGUUCCCUCGGUUUUAGAGAGGACACUUGUUUAGAGGUAGUAGCUGCAGGCGGUAGAGUUUCUCACACAUUCCAGUAAAAAAACGUAGAAUCUGACGCUGGAAACGGUAGGAGGUUUGAUGUGACGUUCACAAAAGUGUUACUUUUGAGGGGGAUUUACAGCACCACUGACCAUCACCGCCAAUCAAAAGGACUCUUAUAAGUCUGCUAUUGGACAUUUUAAAUCAAUUUAAUGAUGGGACAGGCUAAAUAUUGUUCAUACUUCAAUGCAAUCGCCAGGAAAAAGUUGGUAAUGGAUGCCUCUGUAAACCAUGGAUAUAUUGAAACUUUCUUCAUGUUCAUUUUUCAAUGUUAUGUUGUCAGAACGAAAAGAAAAAAAAGUGACACUGUUUAGAUACACAGACCUUCAUCAUGUUAUUUUGCAAGUCAAAAGGAGAGACCAUCUUAAAUAGGCUGGUUGUUUCACACCUGGACCUACAAAGUCACGCUACUGACUGAAAAUACAGAUAUAUGUAACAACUUCAUAGCACCGUGUGUCUACAAUUAAAACAUUAAACAAUGUGUGACAUCAUAUGUAGGAAAAGGUUUCAUAUGUAUGUACAAAUUUAGAAGGUCGUGAUAAAACUACGACGACAUAUCCUCGGGAUUCUUUCCCUAAGUACGAAAACUGUUUACGCAUAGGCUAUGAGGAAGCUAGUAAAGACAAAAUACAGCAUGAGGAAGACCAUAUCUCAAAAAUACGAUAUAGCAAAUCGGGACUCAUGGAAAUUACUUUUGGGUUGGGAAAAGAUCGCGUUUUGGCAUCCCAUUAAAAAACACCCAGCACUUUCGUGCUUACAAAUGUUGAAACACCGUCUUGAACGGUGGUGUCUGGCUUGGUAGCCGCCUCGGCAAGCCAUCAUGCCACCACCCAUCUCUUCCUCCGCUUGAUCUGAAAGUCAUGUAGCCUGAAUGUGACAUGACACCUAAUGUCGCAGUGCUGAUGUGAUAUGUACAAAAAUUAGCAUAUCCGCGGUUUGCAGAAAUGUCCAAUGUCAACAUUUUGCGCUCUGAAAAUGGCCGCCCCCUCUUCUGCAUGUUCGCACUGGGAAGGACGGCGUCGCCGGACUAGAUCAAACAUGUAUCAUUUGGCCUAGGCAAAAGGUAACGCGAAGCAUUUUCAGUCGCACUAGAUGGAAAACGUCGCCAUGAAAGCUGCCGUCUGUGACUCAUUUGAAAAACUAAUAAAACAGUGACGUGCUCGGAGUUUAAAAAAAGAUUGUAACGCCUUAAAGAAACAGAGUUGUUCUGACCACUGCAAAAGAAAGUGUUUGUGUCGUAGCCUCCGUUAGCUCUGUUCCGCGUACAAUGUUACAAAUCUGAGCUAAAGAUGUUAUUUUUGUGUCGCGGCUAUGUUUUUUUGAAGUUUUAUUUCACAACAUGUUUAAAGAUGUACUGUACCGUAGUAACUUUCAUAACACACUCACCACUCGGUUCGCUUUCCUGCUUCUGCUUCUGCAUAGUUUGACCACAGCGAGGAGGAUGACGACGGGGGGGGGUUAAACUGCUGUUAAAGUCCAGUUUGUGCUACAGUAUUUGACUGCAGAGUCUUUUAAGUUGAUGCAUUUCAUUUGUAACAAACAUGCAAAGCCACUUCUAACCGACGGCGAAGUCGCACGCGUUGCAGAUGAGCCGUGUUUGACUCCGUGGUCUUCUAGUUUAUUUUUUUAAAUGUUUUCUGCUGGAAUACUUAAUCUUAGCUCUGUGGUGUCUACACAUCAGGCUGAUUUUCAGACCUUCUCGAAAAGAGAACCACGAUGUAUUCCUACUACUUACCUUCAAUUACAUCCCGGCGCGCUUCAGCUGUAUCUUCAAAAGGCUUUUCCGCUUCCAUAUCAUCAUGUCUUGUGGUCUGUAAGGUCCCUGCAUCAUCUCCUUUCAGGCCCGGAUAGGCAGAUAGACGCAAAAGCAGGAGGGAAGUGUCUGGUUGGACAGGCAAUGUGCAGUGUGGUGGAGGAGAUGUGGAUAGAUGGGGUUAUCGCAUUUUUUCUCACGCCGUGUGCUGCACCGCUGCUUUGCCGAAGUGAGCGAGGGGCAGGGAGCGACGGAGACGGAGGUCACGAUGGUGGACGUGAGGCGCACAACAGGUUUACAAUAAACGACGCCGAGGACAAAAUGUGAAACUUUGCUCUUCGGCUCGAGGAGCGUUUCGUCUUCUGCUGGCAUAAAGAAGGCGAGUCGUCUUACGCGUUUUCCUCUUUUCUGUGGGCACGUUGCUAUAGCUCCUUUACAAGAGAGAAGAAGAUCAAUGGACAAAACCUCAGUUGCUAGACUGGUUUUUAUGUCACUGCGUUGCGGCGCAGAUUUAGUGAUUUCAUUACAAACUACUCCCGUUUUCCCCCCGGUGAAGAUGGGAAGCCUUCAGUAUUCAUUUAUAAAAGAUAUUUCAUGACCUCCCUCCACAAAAGCGGCAUUCAUUUGAGAUGUGUAAAGUCUGUUUACCUGUGUUACAAACAGGUCACAGACCGUAUGAACAGCUGAGACGAGCAGAGGGAGUGCCAGAAUCUGACCAAAGCUGGAAGCAUUUGGCUUUCCAUUGAGUAGAGAUGUCUUAUUGUUGAUGUCCAUUUAUUGUUCUGACGUGAAGAAAAGCUCCCAAGCGUAAGCAUUUUCAAGGGAACGUUCACCAACGACACGCGAUUCUGAUUAUUUUCGCGUAAUGGCAACACCCAAAUCUACAGAAACUGAUCUCACCUGCAGCCUCCCCUCCCUCUCCCCUCCCAGGAGCCGCAGCAGACAUCCACUCAAAAGUUGUGUAUUUUAUGUAAAAUGAACCACUCCAUAUUCACUGAUGUGUAGACUUUAUUUAUGAAAGAUGUGUAAAUUAUAUACUAUUAUUCUUUGUUUUUUUUUUGUUUUUUUUUCCUGUGCAAUGUUUUAUUAUCUCUCUGUCUCUUGUAUUGUGUGCACCAAAUUGCAAUACCACAUUAGUGUAUACCCGUGCAGCACAAUAAACUCUUUCCAAAAACGA